CGAGCAGUGAGCCGAGUCGCGCCGAGCCGAGCCGGGUGUCGCAGAGCGGGGUUGGUGUGGCUUGGAACCCUGGGCAUACAGGAAGAGCGCGGGUCUUUCGGUGCGGCGGUGGCGCGCGUUUCAGGUCGCUCUGAGAUGAAGGCGCAUUUGUUGGAAUAGGACUGAACGGAGUUCUGACCUCUGCACAACAUUGCAAUAAUAUUUCCCACCUAUCUUGUUGGGGAUUUAAAGCACGCAUUUGGCUUAUUGCCUUGGACUGAAUAUGGAGGAGACAGAAAAAGUGUCAAGUGAUGCAGCACAGACGGAGUCCAGUAUCCAGAAGAAGGAAAAGGAGAAAAAGAAAAGGUCACGGGUUAACAAGGUGCUUUCUGAGAUUAAAAAGCAGGUGGAAUUUUGGUUUGGUGACGUAAACCUCCACAAAGACCGCUUCCUCCAGGAACAGAUUCAGAAAUCCAGAGAUGGAUAUGUUGAUAUAUCUGUGCUGACAGUGUUCAACAAGAUGAAAAAGUUAACCACAGAUGUAAAACUCAUAGCAAGGGCGUUAAAAAAUUCAAAUGUUCUUGAGCUUAAUGUCGAAGCGACAAAAUUAAGGCGACGCCUGGCAUUAGGAGUCCAACCGCAAGAUGUUGAUGCCCGUACAAUUUAUGUGGAGUUACUUCCCAAAAAUGUCUCGCAUAGCUGGAUAGACCGUGUAUUCAGCAAAUGUGGUAAUGUAGUCUACAUCAGCAUUCCUCGUUAUAAAACAAGUGGUGACCCAAAAGGAUUCGCUUUUGUGGAAUUUGAAACAACAUCAGGGGCCCAGAAAGCCAUUGAGUUGUUAAAUAAUCCACCAGAAGAUGCACCACGAAAACCUGGCGUUUUCCCCAAAACAGUAAAGAAUAAGCCUGUUCCUGGGCUUAUCUCCAGUGAUGGCAUUGCCCCAGUUUCUUCAAAACCAUUCUCUGUAGAGGAGAAAGAGAAAAAGAAAAAGAAAAAGAAGAAAUCUCGAAAGACCGAAAGCUCGAGUCAGUCGACUACAGAGGCAAUGGACCAUUCCCACAAAGAACAUGCAGAGACCUCAGACAAAGUGAAGGGGAGCAGAGUUACACACGAUGAAACCAAAAUGCCAGAUCCUAGCAAAGCCAAAUCGAAAGGUGAACCGCGAAAACGAGAAAAAACAGCCCUGGAGGAAUCAGGUAGGAAGAAGAGAAAAAGAAAUAGUACCGAAAAGCUGGAAUCUGCAUCUUCUACAAAAGUGAGGAGAAUUGACAACACAGACAAAGAGAAAACAGACAGUGAAAAGGACAUCAAAGAUUUUUCAACAGAAGAAGAGCAUGGAUCAGGUGACAAAAAAGACGAGUCCAUAUCCAAAAGCAAAAGAAAACGGAAAAAAAAACAUAAAGAUAGACACAAGGUUGAAGAAGAGGUUAUUCCUCUGAGAGUAAUAUCCAAGAAAGAGUGGAUGGAUUUGAAGCAGGAGUACUUAACAUUGCAGAAGUCCAGCAUGUCCAACUUGAAGAAAACUAUGUUAGAAAUCAAACAUAAAAAUGGCAAUGAGGCAAUGGAGGUGAUUGACAAAAUCAAAGAGGAAUGCAAAGACGACGAAGCAAAGGUUAACGAUGGAGAAACCCAUCCCUCUGCGAAGGUUAACACCCUGGGGCCACAGUUUGUGAGUGGAGUCAUUGUGAAGAUCACCAGUACUGAGCCCCUGCUGGGCAGGAAACAGAUCAAGGAUGCUUUGAUGGAGUCAUCUGUGGAUGUUUUAUAUGUGGAUAUGAUUGAUGGAGAUACUGAGGGACAUGCUCGGUUUAAAACUCCUGAAGAUGCCCAAACUGUAAUGAAAGCACAUCGAGAAAUACAGAGCAAGUACAACUGGAAACUUGAACUCCUCGCAGGUGAUGGUGAGCAGCGUUACUGGCAGAAGAUUUUAGUGGAUAGGCAAGCAAAAUUAAACCGCCCACGGGACAAAAAGCGAGGCACCGAGAAGUUGAUUGUCAAGGCUGAAAAAAUAAUCGUGGCCAAGACACACAAAGCUGGCAAGCACAUACAUUUUUCUGAUGAAGACUAAGAACGUCAUACCAAAAUAUCUUCUUUCUUUUGAAAGGACUUUUGCUACUUUGAAUUUUUUUUACCAGUUUUAUACUAUGUAUUAAUACUGUUUACAACAACUAGAAAGAUGUUCACAGUUGGACUUUUAAGAAAUCCAGUGAAAUGUUUGACCUUUUUAUGGAUUGUGUAAAUUUGAAUCAGUAUUUUCAUUGUUGCUAUAAUUUGACAAUUUGAACACUGCAAAUCGUCUUCCAUAACAUUUGUCUCAAAUGUAAGCUAUUAAGGUAGAUUAACCCAGGACGUAUGGUUAGAUAAUCUUUUUUUGCUGUAUGGUUUCAAUAGUUUCAGAAUUUUACUUUGUGAAACAGGAUUUGGAGUAAAUACAUUUCAAUUUUUUCCCUAUUUUGUUUAAAGAUUUUUUUAAAUUGUGUUUUUUGUGGGGUGUAUUGCAGAUUGGGGAGUGGAGUGGGAAACGAUCUACACUCAUCACAAAUUUUUGAGCAGGGAUAAUUGAUCUAAAUGUGAAAACCAAAAAGAUUUGUUUUUUAACUUUAUUAAUUUGUGUAUUCUGCAAGAUAAAAAUAAGGAAAUCAAACUUAGGACCCAACUUGUACAUUAUCUGAAUUGAUUUGGCGCCACGACCUUUUGCAACAUCGAGCUGCUUUUGAAGGUGCACAUGCAGAGUUGUGCAUUUGCAGAGUGAUCUUCGUGGUUGUAGUUCAACAGUGUUCACUCUUGAGGCUCGCACAUGAAAACUGGCUUUAAAAUGGGAACACUGAAGACUCUUGGAGUUGAAUACAAGAAUUGAAGUUGCACCUUUUAGUUCAUAUUGGUGUUCAUCGUUGGCUGACCAUACAUCCCCCACCUCAUAUUGUUAUAACAUCCCUCACAGGAAACAGAGUAAUGGCAUGAAUUCAAAUUGGGACCUGAUAACUGAGGAACAUUUUUGAUCUUUGCAUAUUUCAAAGCCCACGAGAUGCUCACUUUUCACUUUUGUAGAAGGUUGUGUAAACAUAAACAUAAUUCUAUUAAAAUUCUAAUUCCUAACAUU